AUGACCAACAGGAGUUUCCCAAUGGGCUUCAUUCUUCUUGGUUUCUCUGAAUGGCUUCAUCUAGAAAUGGUUCUUUUUUGGAUUGUGAUCAUCUUGUACACCAUGAUCCUCCUCUCCAACUCAACCAUUAUCUUGCUUUCUUGUGUGGACCCUCUUCUAUACACCCCCAUGUAUUUCUUUCUUAGUAAUCUUUCCUUCUUGGAUCUCUGCUUUACAACAACUACUGUGCCCAAUAUGUUGUCCAACUUGUGGGGGCCAGGAAAGAUCACCGACACAGGCUGUGUCAUCCAACUCUGUGUUUUGCUCUGUCUUGGUGCCACAGAAUGUGUCAUGUUGGUGGUGAUGGCCUUUGACAGCUAUAUUGCUAUCUGCCUGCCCCUGCACUAUACAAUCAUCAUGCAUCAUCAGUUCUGUUGGAAGCUGGUGUUCAUAGCCUGUAUGUCUGGCCUGAUAGAAUCUGUUACCCAAAUUCCUGUCACACUUAAGCUUCCCUUCUGCACCCACCACCACCUAGAUGACUUUCUGUGUGAGGUUCCAGCCCUCAUACGCUUGACGUGUGGAGACACAUUUGCCAGUGAGUGGCAGAUGACAAUAUCUGCUGUUCUUUUCACCAUCGUGCCACUGGGAUUGAUCCUGACUUCUUCUGGUUACAUAGCUCAAGCUUUAGGUAAAAUCCAAUCCAAGGACGGAAGGCAGAAAGCCAUUGCCACCUGCUCCUCCCACAUCAUUGUGGUCUUCAUGUUUUAUGGAACAGUGGCACCAGUGUAUACAUACCCUAAGAACCACUUUGCUUCAAAAUACAGCAAAUAUCUACUUUUCUUCUACACUGUGGUCACACCACUGUUAAACCCUCUCAUCUAUUCCCUAAGGAACAAAGAUGUAAAGGAUAUACUGUUACAACUGCUGAGAAGAGGAUCACCAUAA